UGAAAGUGUUUACUAAAGAGAGAGUAAAUGUAUUUUUUGUGUGUUUUGAACGCCAUUUGAGUGAUUGUUGACAACAAAUGCAUGAAUGCAUGACUUGUUUACCACUUUAUCAAUACAUUUAUAGCACUGAUUAUCAGACAAUUGUUUGGCAAUAAUCUCAGCGAAUGUCAUAUAAAGCGAUGGACUUGUCGUCAAUAGAGCUGCAGAACGUGGAGUCUUCGGCGCCACUCAUGAGGACUCUCGAGAAGAGCGACAAUAUGUAUAGCGAGGAGAGAGUGGACACGGAUUGGGGGCAGAUGUGUGUCGCCCACCAGGGGAUGGACGGCAAUCUGCAGAAGCCGGUGAUCAUCACAUACCACGACUUGGGUCUGAACGUGGUGUCCAACUUCCAGGCCUUCUUCAACUUCAUGGACGUGAAGCUGUUGUUGCAGUCCUUCUGCGUGUAUCACAUGAACGCCCCGGGAAUGGAGGACAACGCGCCCACUCUUCCAGACAACUACGUCUACCCAACUCUGGAUCAAUUGGCACAACAGAUCCACUCUGUCUGCAAACACUAUAACAUCAAGACAUUCAUCGGUUUUGGCGUGGGCGCGGGCGCCAACAUUCUGUCCAGAUUUGCACUAAACAGUCCCGAUUUGGUCGACGGACUCUUUCUCAUAAACCCGACGUCAACCCAAUCCUCAUGGAGUGAAUGGCUUUUCCAGAAACUGAACGUCUAUUACCUGAACUCGAGCACUGGUACGACCACUGCGGGCGCCAAUCAGUUCCCGAUCACAACCCAGAACUACCUAAUGUGGCAUCACUUCGGCAAACAAAACGAGGAGCGCAACCGAGAUUUGAUCGAUACUUAUCGCAGUUAUUUCACCGGAAAGUCACUAAACGCUCGCAAUUUGUCGCUAUUUAUCGACUCAUACAUAAAGCGCACGGAUUUGGUGAUCGCUCGCGGAGACAAAGAGCGCGCAUUCAAGUGCUCAGUACUGGUUCUGUGCGGUAAUCUCUCGCCACACGUGGACGACACGGUCACUAUGAACUCAAGACUUGAUCCGACGAACAGCACUUGGAUGAAGCUCUCAGACUGUGCUAUGGUUUUGGAGGAACAACCGGCUAAAGUGGCCGAAGCCUUCCGUCUCUUCCUCCAGGGUUUGGGCUACGCGUUGACCGCUUACGAGAGAAGGCGCUCAUCGCUCCGCAAAAUGAGUCUUUCUAGCGAUAAGAGUGAGAGCGGAGACGCCAUCAACGGUAACAUCAAUGGCUUCAAUGGAGACGACAGUCGCAAGAACUCAAUCGAUGAGUCCGCUGAAGACUCAGUGCAUAUCGUCGAGAAUCCUAUCGCCAACUGUUAGGCAUAUCUAACACCUCUUCGGGCGUUAAAUGGUUAGCAACUAAAGGGUUUACAACAUAAAGAUCUAAUGAUUAAGCCUUUAUGGCUUACAUCUCAUUAUAACCAUAUAAUCAUCACUUAAACCACUAUAUUGUGGUUUUUAUAUAUUAUUCUCUCAUUUAUAGUGAUUGACUCAUACCUCGAAUAAGACGUUAGAAUAGAAAAUAUAAUACUA